AUGGCAGGAGGCAGCAACAGCAACGGCACGACGGCGCUCGUCUUGCCCCGGCAGUACUCCGCGCGCCUCUUCCGCUCAUCAUGGCUCACAGCGUUCUCGGUGUACUCUGCCGCCCAGUGCGAUUUGUGGAUGUGCUGCACCAUGACGUUGCUCGUACUCUUCACGUCGCUCAACUAUUGGCAGCAUCCCGUCCGUGGGUGGCGACGCAACGUGGACAUUUCCGCCGUCGUACUGGGCUUCGCGUACCAUCUUUAUCAAUCGCUGUGGUGUGCAUCGUGGUCCCACCAAAUUCUGUACUACGCGUUCGUGGUCAAGACCGUAUACUGCUACUCCCAAGCCCGUGCAGCCCCAAACAAGGACGUGUCGUCACGAUGGCACAUGAUCAUGCACUUGGUUGGCAACAUUGGCAACCUCAUUUUGUACGCCGGUGGGUUAAACGUAUAA